CCCAGCAUAGUCGAAGAUCUGUGUUUGAUGAUUUACGACUUUGAACAUGGCCACCUUAGGGCUAUCCAAAGUAUUCAUACUCGAUAAGUAUUUUACUGAGUUGCAGAAGUUUUGGGAAACCGAGAAAAAGCUUCAAGAUGCAAGCUCCUCUAAUGAGGCAGUCCAUUUGCAGCAGCGGCUACGAAGCCUUAGCACUGAACUUGUUACUUUACGCAACCGACUACACGUUGGUAAUCCCGGCGCUGUGAGCUGCAAAGAUGAUUUAUCAAUGUCUCGCGCAACAACAGCUGGAACUGAUUGUAAAGUAACUGAUACUUCAGCCUGCACGACACAGACCAAAAUCUCCCACAAUGUUAUCGGCGCCCAGGUUAUAGCACCACCAAGUCUUCCUCAUUCACAACGAUCCGUUGCUGUGCAGAAACUGAGCUCUCAUGAUGGAUCAAAAGGCAAAGAACCAAACAAUAAACAAACAUCACCUGCAUGCAAUACUACGUCAAAAUUUAACAAUAAUACUUCAGGCAUGGUGGAACAAGAUGGCAAUAAAACAGGAUCUUCAUAUGAUUUAGAAGAUCUUAUACGUCUGCCUGGACCACUGACAGAAGACGCUGUUAUGAAAUCAUUACAAACACGCUUUGUAAACAAAAAAUGUUAUACUAACAUCGGUCCUAUUUUGGUGGCAGUGAACUCAUAUAAUGACGUAGGCAAUUGUUUAACGCUGACCAGUACCAGAAAUGUGCAUCUCGCGCCACAACUUCGACGGGUGGUGCAAGAAGCAGUGCGACAGCAAAGCGAAACUGGAUACCCGCAGGCCAUUAUUCUGUCUGGUACAUCUGGAUCGGGCAAGACUUAUACGAGUAUGCUGUUAUUGCGACAACUUUUUGAAAUAGCUGGCGGAGGUCCGGAGACUGAUGCUUUCAAGCACCUCGCUGCAGCUUUUACAGUUCUUCGAUCUUUAGGCUCUGCUAAAACUACCACAAAUUCUGAAUCCAGCCGCAUAGGACAAUUCAUUGAAGUUCAAGUAACAGAUGGUGCUUUAUACCGAACCAAGAUUCACUGUUACUUUUUGGACCAAACUCGAGUUAUUCGAUCAUUGCCACAAGAAAAAAACUAUCAUAUAUUUUAUCAAAUGCUGGCUGGGCUUUCUAGAGAGGAGCGUAUUCGAUUCAAUUUGGAUGGAUAUAACCCAACAAAUUUACGUUAUCUACAGGCCUUCGAUACGCAUCAAAAUCAAAAAGAAGAUUCUGAAAGGUUUCAAGCUUGGAAGGCUUGUCUGAGUGUCCUCGGAAUACCGUUUUUAGAUGUGGUGAGAGUUCUUUCGGCAGUGCUGCUCUUGGGAAAUGUAAUAUUUGUGGAUGGUAAAUCUUUAGAAGUAUCGGUUAAAGGCGAAACUGAACUCAAUUCAGUAGCGAACUUGUUAGGCGUUCCGGGACCAUCACUUUUUCGAGGCCUUACAUCUAGAACGCAUAAUGCCCGUGGGCAACUUAUAAAAUCUGUUUGUGAUGCAAACAUGUCUAAUAUGACAAAAGAUUCUUUGGCUAAAGCUUUAUAUUGUCGCACCGUAGCAACUAUUGUGAGACGUGCAAACAGUCUAAAACGAUUAGGAUCAACGUUGGGAACUUUGAGUUCAGAUUCAAAUGAAAGUGUACAUAAUCAAGCUGAGGUCACAAGUCAGCAUGCUAGCACUGUAGGUGGAAACUCUGGUUCAAAAUCUAUGGUAGCCCUCAAUAACGCUGUUCGUCAUGCUACGGAUGGAUUUAUUGGUAUUCUUGAUAUGUUUGGAUUUGAAGAACCAAAAUCAAGUCAAUUGGAACAUUUAUGUAUAAACCUUUGUGCUGAAACCAUGCAGCAUUUUUAUAAUACUCAUAUAUUUAAAAGUAGUGUCGAAUCUUGUAGGGAUGAAAAUAUACAAUGUGAUAUUGAAGUUGAUUAUGUAGAUAAUGUGCCAUGCAUAGAUUUAAUUUCUUCGCUAAGAACAGGAUUAUUAAGUAUGCUGGAUGUGGAAUGUUCUAUAAGGGGAACAGCUGAAUCUUACAUUGCUAAGGUUAAAGUGCAGCAUAAGCAGAAUGAUAGAUUAUUCGAACCUAAACCAUUAGAGCCGCGUUUGUUCGGAAUACAACAUUUUGCUGGGAAAGUUAUUUAUGACGCUACAGAUUUUCUUGACAUUAAUAAAGAUGUAGUACCUGAUGAUCUUGUAGCUACUUUUCAUAAGCACACUUGUGACUUUGGUUUUGCAAGUCACCUCUUUGGCAGCGAACUGAAAGCGUUGUAUUCACUAGAUAUUGUUCCUCGGGGUAUAAGUUUCAGAAUAUCUCCUACAUCUCAUACUGACUUAUCAAAUGGUGAUGAACCGAUAUCUACAUUGACACAAGAUUUUCACACACGUCUGGAUAACUUACUGCGAACACUUGUGCACGCUAGGCCCCACUUUGUAAGGUGUAUUCGUAGUAAUGCUACUGAAGCAUCAUCCAAGUUUGAGAAAAGAUCUGUAAUGAAACAAAUUCGAUAUUUACAAGUGUUGGAAACUGUAAAUUUGAUGGCUAGUGGAUAUCCACAUCGAAUGAGAUUCAAAGCUUUUAUUUCGAGAUAUCGUUUACUUGCACCAUUCAAUGAAUUAUGCAGGGAAGAAGAUAAUGCCAUUGAUGAUUGCAAAUCGAUAAUGCGUUAUGCGAUAGACGCAAUUGAAAAGAAAGAGAAAAUUGUUUCAAUGGGGUGGGAUUUAGGAAAAAGACAUAUAUUUCUAAGUGAAGGAAUUAGACAAUAUUUAGAGAAUUUGAGAUCUAAAACAAGAAAUGAUAGUGCGACAAUGAUACAAUCUUUGUGGCGAGGUUGGAGAUUGAGAAGAAGGUGGAUAGCAUUGAAAAGAGAAAGGGAUGUUCACAUCACUAAUUCUAUAACCAAUGAACAUUCCAAGCCUAAAUCAUUGGUUGAACGUUCAGCUGGAUGUAUUGGCAAUACAGGAUCUGGUAGGCCAAGACCACAGCCGAUUGCUGGUACCCCUCCACCUGAUCCGGCAGACAAGUGCGACACUAAGGUUGUUCAACAGACGUGUACCUUAUUUGGACUCGACCUGGAGAGACCACCACCAGUACCACCAAGUCGGUCGUAUACUGUAGCCGGAAAUAGUAAAUUGGGUUACCCUCAAACACGAGUUAUGAAGAUGACUUUUCCGGAAGAGCUUGUCAGCAACAACAACAACUCUAAGGACUCUGCAAAUGUUGUCCUGCGCAAAGGUGACUCUGUCUUAGUUAUAGGCGCUUCACAUAGAAGAGGCCACCUAAUUGUAGAACAUAAUAACGUUACGUUACAUGUACCUUACCAGUUCAUGGAGCUUGUAAAAAAGAACUUCAUAUCUUGA